CUCUGUCGAAAUGAUCGAUGACGACUUGAGUCUGCAAGUCUAGAUGAGUUGAGCGAUCGAACCAAACAAACAAACAACGAAACCAAACGAAAGAAAUUAAGCAGACUAUCUUGCCAUGCCGCAUCCAGAACCUGAGCACAAACAACUUAAUCCAAUCAAUCCAAUAGAGGUUGAUGAUGAUGACGGUGAUGAGUUGAUCUUGUCAUUGUCGCCGGUGAAGCUCCAAAGGCUACCCCACCUCACCGACUAUCUCUCACAACUCCCAACCCACAACAACCCACUCGAACACAACCCCUUCUACCACCCCUCCGACGGCUUCUACAUAACCCCAUCCGAUGUCAUCCUCCGCCAGAUUGUCUACGACCUCUCCGCCGCCGGCGCCUCCUCUGGUCCCGCCUCAGCUUACCAUCGCGCCGGCCCCCGACGGCACAUAUUCUUCGAGCCGUCGAGCAUCAAGGCGGCUAUAGUGACAUGCGGUGGGCUGUGCCCGGGAAUGAACACGGUGGUGAGAGAGCUGGUUCUUGCCCUCUGGGACCUGUACGGAGUCCGUCAGAUUUUUGGUAUCAAGGCUGGCUAUCGUGGAUUUCACUCUAUGGACCCUAUCCAGCUUGACCCAAAGCUCGUCCACAACUGGCACAAGAAUGGCGGCACUGUCCUCGAGACCUCCCGAGGUGGUUUUGAUCUCCAUAAGAUUGUCGAUGCCAUCCAAAAUCGCGGCUAUAACCAGGUGUACAUCAUAGGUGGAGACGGCACAAUGCGUGGGGCAGUUGAUAUAUUUCAUGAGAUUUGCAGGCGAAAACUGAAAAUUGGGGUUACUGGGAUUCCAAAAACAGUUGACAAUGAUGUUGGCAUCAUUGACAAAUCUUUCGGAUUCCAGACAGCAGUAGAAAUGGCCCAGCAGGCAAUAAGUGCAGGUCAUGUGGAGGCUGAAAGUGCAGUGAAUGGAAUAGGCUUGGUCAAGUUGAUGGGUCGAAGUACUGGCCACAUUGCUCUGCACGCAACAUUGAGCAGCCGAGAUGUGGACUGCUGCCUAAUCCCUGAAACUGAGUUUUACCUGGAAGGAAAAGGAGGUUUAUUUGAAUUCAUGGAGCAGCGACUGAGGGAGAAUGGACACGCAGUGUUAGUUGUGGCUGAAGGAGCGGGACAGGAUAUAAUUCCGAGGAACGAGGCUCAGAAACAAGAGAGGGAUGAAUCUGGGAACCCAGUGUUCCUAGAUGUUGGCCAAUGGUUGAAGUCGGAGCUCAAGAAUUGGUGGAGCAGGGAUCACCCCAACGAGCUGGUCACAGUCAAGUACAUAGACCCUACAUACAUGAUCCGAGCCGUCCCUGCAAAUGCUACAGAUAACUUGUACUGUACACUUCUUGCCCAUUCAGCUAUUCAUGGAGUGAUGGCUGGUUACACUGGAUUCGUCCCUGGCCCCAUCAAUGGCAACUAUGCUUACAUUCCAGUUGAAGAGGUGGCGAAGGCUAAGAAUGUGGUCAACACAAGAGACCACAAAUGGGCGUGGGUAAGAUCUGUCACCAACCAGCCUGAUUUUAACAGAACUUGACUGAUCCCAUCAAUUGGAUCACGGAGGAGUUUAAUCCCAUCUCUAGUUUUGUGUAAGCCAGCUACCUUUUCACAUCGAUCACUAUUGUAAAUUUGUAAUUUGAUGCUUAUCUGCAUGUCUUGAUGAUAAGCGUUAUCUGCAAACUGACACAUUUAAUAGUUCUAGUGAUGAUGGAAUAAGCAUUUGGCAUUUGUGUGCUAUAUAGUUUUAGAUUGAUCUUUCUGAAGAAUAAGGUGCUGUGUGUGUCGGCUGUCCGAACAAUAGUUUUCAGAUGGUGUAAUUUUGUAUGAAUAUGGCAUGAGAGAUCAAGUCAAUAAAACUGAAAUAUAAUGCUGGUUCUGUUUAGAGGAAUC